AUGAGCGACUCCGUCGAAGACGUCAGUCUGGGCAGGCUCUCGGUCAGCGGCCGAAGCAACCUCUACCUGGACCUGGACUCGCUCAACCACGACCCCGCCUUGCUCUUCUCCACGGAAUUCGCGGGCGACGCCGACGCCGCCGGCGACGGCGCAUUCAUCGAGCGGGCGUUUGCGUCGCUUUCGGAGAGGCCCGGCAGGUUGGACCCGGACGCCCUCACAUUGAUCGAGGAUGUGCUGCAGACGAACAUAUUGGACGAGGCGGCGGGGAUUGACUUUCAGCACUGCUGCCAACAAAUCCUGCCGGAGCAGCCGCAGGAGAAGGAAAACGAGGGGCAAGGCGGGCGCGACCUGCAGCAACCGUACUCCUCCGGCCGGACCGACUCGCUGGGAAGCGUCAGCCCUUUGUAUGAGACGACGCCGCGGUCAACUGACCAAAUAGAUACCCAGCUCAAACAAGCGAUGCCUUCGUCGACAUUUUCUAACAACAGUGAGGCGGCGAAGAAGUCUUCAACAACUGACUCACUAGGCCCUGAAGCUAAUGUGUACACGUCCAUUACAGCAACACCACUGCAGGGGAGAGCACUGGACUUUCGGAGCUUUUUAUCAAAAAAACAGGUCCCCCCUGCGAUACUGAAGGAAGGUUCUGUUGGUGUCUUUGUGGGCCAGUUGCCUUCAACGUACUCCGAGGAAGAUUCUGCCGCCCUCCUUCGUGCCAUUGGCGCCGAUGCUGGGGUGCCAGUUCACGUACGAGACGUGAAAAGCCACAAUCAGAGCCGCACCUGUGCAUUUGUCGUCGUUAACCGCAGCGCACUACCGGUGCUGCUUGGUUACUCCAAACGUGUGUUGUGUGAUGUGUCUUGCGUAUGGGUUGUAGGACGGGAACAGGCUGUUCACCUGAAAUACUACAUCAAUGGCUUUUUGCGGGAUCGCCUUCGUGGCGUCCCCAAGGCCGCUCUUGUGCUGGAGGAACUGACUCCACAGUACAUGCGAAGCCGCACCUCAGCUGGCAAAGGAGGCAAAUCAUCCAAUCGACAAAAAGGGAACGUGACUUCCGCUAGCGAGAACGUUUUCAUGGGCACCCAUGAUGGCAAUCCCAUCGUCACUCACCCGUUUGCAAUGAACUUCCUUUUGCCAGGGUGGAACUCCAUGGAUGCGCCGGGACUUUCCUUUUGCCCUGUUUUCAACAAUACCGGUGCCCCGCCACUUGUGAACACUAACUCCGCCUCAAACGUUCCAGGUGUGAUACAGACCAAUGGAUUCUCGGCAGCACCGUCACCGUCGUUGGUCGCCCCCGCUCCACAAGUCAAUUACUACGUUAUUGGUGGUCCCCCAAACGGACUUCAAGGCAUUGCUCCUGGUCAGGUGAAUGGUCAAGUUCUUUCUCCACCGCCUACAGCCAAUGGAGGCGGUAAGGGUGGAAGCAACGGAGUUGCGAAUGGAGCUAGCAGUUCAGAAAACUUACUCCCAUCAUUUUUGCCGGGUAUCCGCGCUGCGCACGAUCAUGCUCCGUCAUCCCAAAAACUGCCCGAGGGAGUGUCCCGCUGUUCUGUUUGCUCUGCAACUUUUGGGCCGGCGGAGCCCCAGUAUUUCUUUCCCCAAGACAACACAGUGAGGUGCACGCGUUGCAGUAGUCAGCGAGUCGCGAGCGGUGAUGCAUCACAAGCCACAAGGGGAAUGGCAACAUUUAUUAUGCCUCAGUCCAACUUGGGUGGUUUUCCGCAGCCUUCGACUGGAAACACAACGAUGCUCCUCCAUGCACUUCCGCCGUAUAUGCCACUGCCGCAUCCGCAAAAUCAAUUCUUGCCUCAGCUGUCGCAACUACCACUGCCACAGCAGCAACAGCAACACGGCUACACUGUGGGCAGUGGCUGGUAA